CGGGCGCUACAACUUUCUAUGCACCCUCGGUGGAUGUGAGAGCGCUGCGUGCAGCGAGCCGGGGCCCUCUUUUCCUCGGGAGACAGCGGAGAGCCAGGGGCAGGCGGGCGGGCAGGCAGGCGAGCCGCUUUUGCGGGAAGUGGCGCUUUUGGGCUUCGGAGAGGGAAGGGAAGCCGCCGGGAUGGACGUCCGCUUGAACCUUGGGCUGCUCCUGCUGCUGCUGAUCGGGCCGUGCGGCGGCGCCAUGGACGAGUGCGCGGAUGAGCAGAGCGGACGGCCCCAGCGCUGCAUGCCCGAGUUCGUCAACGCUGCUUUUAACGCCACCGUGGUGGCCACGAACACGUGCGGCAGCCCGGCCGAGGAAUACUGCGUGCAGACCGGCGUCACCGGGGUCACCAAGUCCUGCCACCUGUGCGACGCCUCCCAGCCUCACCUGCAGCACGGCGCUGCCUUCCUCACCGACUACAACAACCAGGCCGACACCACCUGGUGGCAGAGCCAGACCAUGCUGGCCGGCGUCCAGUACCCCAAUACCAUUAAUCUUACUCUCCAUCUCGGAAAGGCCUUUGAUAUCACCUAUGUACGCCUAAAGUUCCAUACCAGCCGUCCAGAGAGCUUUGCCAUUUACAAGCGCACUCGGGAAGAUGGUCCAUGGGUGCCCUACCAAUAUUACAGUGGCUCCUGUGAGAAAACAUAUCACAAACCCAAUCGAGGUUUUGUCAAGAGUUGGGAAGAUGAACAGCAGGCUGUUUGCACAGAUGAGUUCAGUGACAUCUCACCACUGACAGGUGGCAAUGUGGCCUUCUCAACACUGGAGGGAAGGCCCAGUGCUUAUAACUUUGAUAACAGUCCUGUCUUGCAGGAGUGGGUCACAGCUACAGAUAUCAGAGUAAGCCUCAAUCGCCUGAAUACCUUUGGAGAUGAAGUAUUUAAUGACCCCAAGGUUCUCAAAUCCUAUUAUUAUGCAAUUUCUGAUUUUGCUGUGGGUGGCCGAUGCAAAUGCAAUGGCCAUGCAAGUGAGUGUGUGAAGAACGAAUAUGGAAAGCUUGCUUGCAGUUGCAAACACAAUACCUUUGGAGUUGACUGUGAGAAAUGCCUUCCUUUCUACAAUGACCGGCCUUGGCGAAGAGCAACAGCUAACAGUGCCAAUGAAUGUUUACGAUGUAACUGCAAUGGACGAUCACAGGAGUGUUAUUUUGAUCCUGAACUGUACCGAUCCACCGGCCAUGGUGGCCACUGCACAGGCUGUUUUGGUAACACUGAUGGACCAAACUGUGAAAGAUGUCGGGAGAACUUCUACCGCCUGGGGAGUGAGGAGAACUGCCUGCCGUGUAGCUGCAGUCCUGUGGGCUCCCUCAGCACACAGUGUGACAAUUAUGGACGCUGCAGUUGUAAACUUGGUGUGAUGGGUGACAAGUGUGAUAGGUGUCAGCCUGGCUUCCAUUCUCUUACAGAGGCUGGAUGCAGGCGCUGCUCCUGCAAUCCAGCUGGCAGCACAGAUGAGUGCAAUGUAGAAACAGGGCGUUGCGCUUGUAAAGACAACGUGGAAGGGUUCAACUGUGAAAGAUGUAAGCCUGGCUUUUUUAAUCUGGAUUCUGACAAUCCUAGGGGAUGUAUUCCCUGUUUCUGUUUUGGACAUUCCUCUGUUUGUACCAAUGCUGUCGGAUACAGUACCUCCAAAAUUACAUCCACCUUCCAAACAGGAAAGGAAAACUGGCAUGCGGAACAGAGAGAUGGCUCUGAAAUCUCCAUUCGCUGGAUACCUGAGACUCAAGAAAUAUCCGUAAUCUCAGAUACACCUUUCCCCAUCUAUUUCAGCACACCAGGCAAAUUCCUAGGAAAUCAAAUGCUAAGUUAUGGGCAAAACCUGUCAUUCUCUUUUCGGGUCGAUAAGCGAGACACUCGCCUUUCUGCUGAGGACAUAGUCCUUGAAGGUGCUGGACUAAGAGUAUCUGUACCUUUGAUUGCUCAAGGCAACUCCUAUCCCAGUGAGAACACUCUGAAAUAUUCAUUCAGGCUCCAUGAAGCAACAGAUUACCCCUGGAGGCCUUCUCUCACUCCCUUUGAAUUCCAAAAGUUGCUCCAUAAUUUAACAGCUAUCAAGAUUCGUGGAACCUACAGUGAGAGGAGUGCUGGGUAUUUGGAUGAUGUUACUAUUGUGAGCGCUCACCCUGGGCAUGGAAUACCAGCGACUUGGGUGGAAAAUUGUAUGUGUCCAGCAGGAUACUUGGGGCAGUUCUGUGAAACCUGUGCCCAGGGCUACAGAAGGGAGACUCCAUAUCUUGGACCUUAUAGUCCUUGUGUGCCAUGUUUCUGCAACGAGCACAGUGAAACCUGCAAUCCUGAAUCUGGAGCCUGUGACUGCAGAGAUAACACUGCAGGUCCUCACUGUGAGAAGUGCAGCGAUGGUUAUUACGGUGAUGCCACCACAGGCACCUCUUCAGAUUGCCAGCCAUGUCCAUGUCCCGGGGGUUCAAGCUGUGCUGUAGUUCCCAAGACCAAGGAAGUGGUCUGUACCAGUUGUCCAGCUGGAACCACAGGUAAAAGGUGUGAGCUGUGUGAUGAUGGUUAUUUUGGAGAUCCUCUUGGCCAAAAUGGCCCCAUCAGGCCCUGCCGCCUCUGCCAGUGCAGUGACAACAUUGAUCCCAAUGCAGUUGGGAAUUGCAACCGCUUGACAGGAGAAUGUUUGAAGUGCAUUUAUAACACAGCUGGUUUCUACUGUGACCGAUGCAAAGAUGGCUUCUUCGGGAAUCCCUUAGCUCAGAAUCCAGAGGAUAAGUGCAAAGCUUGCAAUUGUAAUCCUUACGGCACGGCAAAUUUACAGAGAAGCUGCAAUCAAGUAACAGGCCAGUGUGAAUGCCUUUCAUAUGUCACAGAGAGGGACUGCAGCUCCUGCGAACCAGGUUUCUACAACCUGCAAAGUGGGCGUGGCUGUGAAAGAUGUAACUGCCAUCCUCUGGGCUCCACUAAUGGCCACUGUGACAUUCAGACUGGGCAAUGCGAGUGCCAGCCAGGCGUUACCGGCCAGCGUUGUGAGAGGUGUGAAGCCAACCAUUUUGGAUUUGGUCCUGAAGGCUGCAAACCUUGUGACUGUAAUCCUGAAGGUUCCCGCUCCCUUCAGUGCAAAGAAGAUGGCCGUUGUGAGUGCAAAGAAGGCUUUGUGGGAAUCCGUUGUGACCAGUGUGAAGAAAACUACUUCUACAAUCGAUCCUGGCCUGGUUGUCAAGAAUGUCCUGCAUGUUACAGAUUGGUGAAAGAUAAGGUUGAGGAGCAACGGGGGAGGCUGCGUGAUCUGGAAAAUCUUAUAGCUAACAUAGGAACAGGUGAUGACAUCAUAACUGACCAGGCUUUUGAAGACAGACUGAAAGAAGCUGAACGAGAAGUCAUGGACUUACUUCGAGAUGCCCAAAGUAUCAAAGAUGUCGACCAGGGGUUGAUGGAUCGUCUGCAGGAAAUUAACAGAACCCUUUCAAGUCAACUUGGUCGGUUGAGGAACAUCCAGAAUACAGUUAGGCAGACAGAAAACCUGGCUGAGCAAGCCCAAGCCCAGGUGGAAAACACAGAGGGCCUGAUUGACACCGCUUCAAAUAUGCUCCACAGGGCAAGGGUGGCUAUUGCCAAUGUGUCUAUCACUCCACCAGAAUCAACCAGUGACCCCAAUAACAUGACUAUCCUGGCAGAAGAAGCUCGGCAGUUGGCUGCACGGCAUAAAGCAGAAGCAGAUAAUAUUGAGAAAAUAGCUAAGGAAGCAAACGAUACGUCAUCACAAGCAUAUAAGCUACUCUUGGACACACUAGCAGGAGAGAAUGAAACAACUAAUGACAUCGGUGAUCUAAAUAGAAAGUAUAACCAAGCAAAGAAUAUUGCCCGAGACCUAGAAAAACAGGCAAAUAAGGUCUCUGCAGAAGCAAAAGAAGCUGGGGAAAAAGCUCUACAGAUCUACGCAAAUCUCACCACUCUGCCAUCCAUAGACACUGCAGGGCUAGAGAAUGAGGCGAAGAACAUCAAGGAAGAAGCCCAGGAGUUAGAACAGCUCAUUAAAGACAAACUAAAGAAUUAUGAAGAUCUGAGAGAAGAUAUGAGAGAAAAAGAAUUGGAAGUUCAGAAUCUUUUGGAGAAAGGCAAGACAGAGCAGCAGACUGCUGAUCAGCUUUUGGCUCGAGCAGAUGCUGCCAAAGCUUUGGCUGAAGAAGCUGCCAAGAAGGGAAGCAAUACACUCCGGGAGGCCAAUGAGAUCCUGAACAAUCUGAAAGACUUUGAUAAGCGCGUGAAUGAUAACAAGACCGCUGCUGAGGAAGCUCUUAGGAAAAUUCCUGCCAUUACCCAGACCAUUAUGGAUGCAAACAGUAAGACCCGCCAAGCAGAACUGACACUAGGCAAUGCGGCUGCUGAUGCCAGAGAAGCUAAAAACAAAGCCGACGAUGCCGAGAGAAUUGCUACAUCUGUAAAUAAUAAUGCUAGUGCCACAAAGGAAAUUGCCGACAACACCUUUAAGACAGUUACAGAGUUGGACAAAGAAGUUGAUGACAUGCUAAAGCAAUUGACAGAAGCAGAGAAAGAGUUAAACAAGAAACAACAAACUGCUGAUCAAGAUAUGAUGAUGGCAGGAAUGGCUACACAAGCAGCUCAGGAAGCAGAAGAUAAUGCAAAGAAGGCAAAGAGCUCUGUGAACAAUUUGCUGAACAUGAUUAAUGACCUUCUUGAAAAAUUAGCACGAGUGGAACCUGUGGACCAGAGUCAGCUGAGCACCAUUGAAGAUACUUUAAAUGCUGCAAAAAAUCAGAUGAAGGAUAGUGAUCUAGACCGGAAAGUAUCUGAACUAGAGAAAGCAGCUGAAAAGCAAGCUAGUGCCAUCAAUGAAUACAACAGGGACAUCAAUACCAUUUUGAAAGACAUUAACAAUCUAGAGGACAUCAAGAAGACCUUGCCAAGUGGCUGUUUCAAUACCCCAUCCAUUGAAAAACCCUAAGGGUGUGCCAAGGGCAGGGGGGGCAUUCCCUCAAUGACUGGUGAAACAGUUUUGGCUGUGGAGUGCCUUAAUUCCUAGAUGAUGUUCUUCAGGACCUUGACCUCAUCUCCCACACAGUUCAGUCGUUCAUUCUUUCCUAGUUUGGGGGUUGGGAGGGGGAAUGCAAGUUUAUAUGAACUAAAAGCAAUUUAAUUACCAGCCUUGGGGUAUCAGAAAGUUAUCAAGACAUACACUCUAUACGCUACUUUGCUCAAACACUCUACAUUCUUUUUCUGAGAAAUUUUAAUUUUAAUUUACAGUAUGAUGGACUUGUACCGAGAACUGAAGUAAGGGAGGGCACAAACACAGGCUCUUAUUUUUUCAUUCCCUUUUCCAUUCCUGUAUCUCCUGCCCUCCUGCAAAUUGUUGAUCUAUGAAGGAAACGGUUUGGCUACCAAAGUAUUAAAAAGCAAUGGCCAAGAUAACCACCCAUUCCGAGAAAUGCAGGUGGGUUUCAGAAUCGGCAUUCUCCCCAAAGAAGGAGAAAGGGCUUAUUCUUAAACUAGUAGCCACUCGACGCUUUGGUAGCCAGCUGCCAGCUUUUAAGAACCUUUCUAGUGUGCAAUAUGUAUAUGUGUAUCUUGUUUCUGAGACAGUUCUCAGAAAUGCUUUUAAGGAGUCGUGAGGAAGGAGUGGUAUAUUAGUUUUCCAUGGUGCUAAAGCUUGGCCUGUAAAGCAGGCAUGCAUUUGGGCCUGUAAGGAUAAAAUCAGGUGCUUCAGUUUUAAUUGGGAAAAAACUGCUUCUGGCCAGAAUUGUUCCUUUCCCUGGAGUAAGAUGGACAGAUUUUUUCUCUCUCUCUCAAAAAUGAAAAAGAGAUUUUAACAUUUCUGUUUGCUUUCGUGGGGAGAAGCAAUUUAUUCAGAAAGAACUUUACUUGCUAGAUUUCCCUCCGAAAUACGAAGCUGUUGUAUCUUUAUCUGGUCAAAACAAGCCCAAAGGAUUUUGCAGUUCUCUUUAUAUCAAGUCAGAUGUGAUUUUGCCAUGAAGAGUAUGUCUUUUGCCUGAAAGUACUAAAUCCCAAUAAAGUUUAGGGUCUUUUUUUUCCCCCCUGGCAAAACAAGAAAAAUGGUCAGGCCUCAUUCUAGGGACAAAUAUUUAGAAGUUGCAGUAUUGACCAGUUGAGUUGCUUGCAACUCAGUGUGAAUGUCUGUCCUGUUUAGAAGUUUUGCCCCUUUUCUAUUUGGGAAAGCUUUUUAGGUGGAAGGUGGUUUUCUUCAUAAUCUCUCAUACAUCAUCUUGAACUAGAGGAAAUCAUGUCAGCCUCCGUUGUUUCCUCAUUAGUGUGGUCUGAUGCUUCCACCUGCCCCACCCCAUCCCGCCUUUUGAGAACUGUGUGUACCAAGCCUUCAAUACUAUGCAACUGUGUACGUUUGCGUAGAGGGGAAGAAAUUUUAUUAUCUGACACACACUGGUGCUAUUAAUUAUUUCAAAGUUAUAUUUUUGUGUGAAUGUGGGGGUUUCGUGUCUUUGUUUCAAACCAUGGCUAUUUGUGUGAGGACAUCUGUUUCUCUCUCCUCUUCCCCUGUGUAAAUAUAAUUGGUCUUGUUUCUAGAGAGGAACAGUUCCCUUCACUUCUUCAUAAUUAACACCCUACUUACUCCCUUUCCUCUUGAUGUGCCUUGCAGGGGUGUGUGGCAGUGAUGAAACAUUUCCUCUGUCCAGACCUGCCCCAUUGCAUUCCCAUACUGGCCUUCAAUACGUUCUGUGAUACUAACUUCAGAUUUUUAUUUUGCCCUGUAUAUUCCCCGGAGGGUCAACUUCUUGCCCAUCUCUUCUAAAACCAGCACUGAUGCCCAAAGGAUUUGGGGCCCUAUCACUCAUGAAGUGCUAACAUAUUUUGUGGCCCUUUAGUGAUACUUUGGCCGCUGAGAUUCUACAUGGCGCAAAAUAGGAAGCAGAUCUAGAUUUGUCUCCUCUUUUUAUAGCGGGAGCAAAAUAUCACUUGAAUUCCAAAGCUUCUCUGGAUUGUCUUGUUGGUUUCUAUUAACAAUUUGAAUUGAUUCUGAUGUUAUGGCUAUGAGCUUCUUGCUAGGCUUCUGUAGAAAAUAUAAUAUUGCUCUUCUUUUCACAGAUAAAUCUCCCCCAAUGAAGACAAUCAUGUCAGGGAACAGGUUGAACUCUAGAUCCCUUCCUCCCAGGCACACCAUAUUUCUACACAGAAGGAAAUCAAGAAUGGUUUAUAAGCACAUGAGCUCUUUGUGUAUUUCUUGAACUGGUAUCAGGUAUACACAGUCACACCACUAUACUGAGGAUGAGAUUAUUGCUGUAGGCCCACUAGCAAAUCUUGAGCUCAGUUUUCAACAUGUACCUUUGUGCAGAAAAAUCAAAGUUCAGCAUCAGCUUUGGUUUAUGUUUUCCUAGUGGCUUCAAUUCUAACAGUUCGCCCAAACUGUACUUGUAUCCUCCUUGCAUUCAUACAUGAAGCAGUUAAUCAAAAAGUGACACCAGUGGUUUCCAUUUGACCAAGCCAGUCAUAUGGCUGCAUUCUAACAGUAUCACCUGCCAAAAAGAAAAGAAUAUAUAUAUAAGUAAGUAACAAAAUUGAAUUCAAAUUAUGUGCUUCUGGCCUUUUCAUUGCCUUUCUAGCAUUUUCCCUUUUCCCCCCCUUAAAAAACAAACUGCGUUUAAGUAACAGAUUUUGUUUUAUUUUUUAAAUAAAUGAGACUUUAUAUGGAAUCUCUUAAUUACAAAUACUGUGUUAAUAAUAGCCAUUAUCACAUUUGUAUAGGUCCAAGUUAUUACUUUGCAUAACAAAAUAAUGCAACAGCUGCUCACAGAAACAUACAAAUAAGUGCCACAGUAAACACCUCCUGAAGAAUUCCCCUCAUUUUAAACACACACACACACACACACACAUCUGUGAGCACCUCUUGUAUGUGCCUUCACUCCCUUUUUUUUUUUUUUUGCUUUCAACCUCUGGUCUUGCUGCUUAGGAGCAGUGAACAAAAACAACAAAAAUGCAACACUUGGCAGUUUUUGUAUAAAACAGUAUUUCUUAUUUAUAAUAAAGUCUGAAUAUUUGUAACCCCUCA